ACGAUGCAAACACCAGUAAUGGCGAAGCCGCAGCCGCAGCCGCACGUCGUGGUGGUGCCGCACCCGAGCUUGGGCCAUGUCAACCCGGCACUGCAGCUAGCCCAGAUGCUUCACCACCACGGCGUCUUCGUCACCUUCGUCAGCACGGAGCACAAACGCCGCCGCAGCGCCCAGGCCGUCGACGAUGGCCUGCCGAGCCCGCGAGGCGGGCCGCCGCCGUCGUCGUUCCGGUUCGAGACCAUACCGGACGGGCUGCUCGACGCCGACCGCGGCGGCGGCGGCACGCCGCUGGAGCGCGACCGCGCCCUGUCCCAGGCCACCAGCAGCAAGCGGGGCGCGGCGGCGCAGGCGCUGCGGGAGCUCGUCGCACGGCUCCGGGACGGGAGCACGCCGGCGGCGGCGGGCGUACCGCCGCCCGUGACGUGCGUGAUCCCGACGGCGCUGAUGAGCUUCGCGCUGGACGUGGCGCGGGAGCUCCGGGUCCCGAGCAUGGUGUUCUGGGUGGGCACCGCCGCGUCGCUCUCCUGCCAGAUGAGGCUCCGCGAGCUCAGGGAGAGGGGCUACCUGCCACUCAAGGACGCGAGCUGCCUGACCAACGGCCACCUGGAGAAGACGAUCAUCGACUGGAUCCCCGGCGUGCCGCCGAUCUGCCUCGGCGACGUCUCCAGCUUCGUCCGCACCACCGACGCCGACGACUUCAGCCUCCGGUUCAACGACACGGAGGCCAACAGCUGCACCAGAGCCGGCGCCCUCAUCCUCAACACCUUCGACAUCCUCGACGCCGCCGGCCUCGCCGCGCUCCGCGCCGAGUACCCGCGCGUCUACGCCGUCGGGCCGCUGGGUCUGCUCCUCCGCCGCCACCUCCACCACACCGACGCCGACAUCGACACCGACGAUCCGAUCGCCAUGCUGAGCCCGUGGAAGCAGGACACGGCGUGCCUCGCCUGGCUGGACGCGCGGGCGCCGGGCUCCGUCGUGUACGCCAACUUCGGCAGCCUCCUCGCGCUGACCACCGGAGAGCUGGCCGAGUUCGCGUGGGGCCUCGCGGCGGCGGGGCGCCCAGUCCUGUUUGUCGUCCGGGACGACCUCGUCCCCGGCGGCGGCGGCCCGGCCGCGCUGCCGCCGGCGUUCCUCUCCGGGACGCGCUGCUACGUGGCCACCUGGUGCCCGCAGGAGCGCGUGAUGCGCCACCCGGCGGUGGGGUGCUUCCUGACGCACAACGGCAGCAGCUCGACGCUGGAUGCGCUCGCCGCCGGCGUGCCGGUGGUGUGCUGGCCCAGGUUCGCGGACGGGUACACCAACAGCAAGUACGCGUGCGAGGUGUGGGGCGUCGGGCUCCGCCUGGAUGCCGAGGUGAGGAGGGAGCAGGUCGCGAGGCUCAUCGGGUCGGUGAUGGAGAGCGAGGGCAUCCGGGCGCGCGCCGCGAGGUGGAAGGCGGAGGCGGAGAAGGCCGUGUGCCCGGGCGGGUCGUCGUACGAGAGCUUGCUGGCCAUGGUGAAAGCGCUCGGAGCCGGCGGCUCACCAGACUCCUGAAAUAAUUACGGUGUAUCGGCGGUAGGCCAUCGAACAAUAAUCAUUUCUGCACUAGUAGCCCUAGUACUAGCUUGUGAUGAACAAGAGGGCUGGCUUCCAAACCAUUGGCCGGGUGGAAGGCGAGUAAAAAAAAGAGCAGUAUAUAUAGUCUUGUGCUAUGGUUGA